AUGCGAUUGCUGGAGUACAUGACAAAUUUGCUACAACAGUGGAACAACAAAAACAUAAAAAGUGCAAUGGAGACAUCUACAGAGCUUGGUAAAAAGUAUGACAAACUCCUUCGGGAAAAUCUGAUUGCAUCGGAGCAAAUGACGGUGAGCCCUGCUACGGAGCAGUUAUAUACUGUGUUUGAAAGGAACCAGCAGCCGAAACCUGGACAAUAUUGCUCUUUUUACUACAAGAAGGAUAAACUCCUUAGAACUUAUGAAUUUCCAGUGAAUCUGAUGCCAGAUGAGAGCUUAUGGGUAAUCCCAAUAGAAAUGAUGGAAGAUGUGGUCCUACCACCUAAAGGGAGAAGGAAUGCAGGAAGGCCAAGAAAGGAAAGACUCAGACCUGCUUCAAAAAAAGAGUCUAAGAGGGCGUUUUCAUGUUCUGUGUGUGGAGAAGGUGGUCACAAUAGAAAAACAUGUAGAAAUCGACCAAAAUAA